AUGAGCAACCGUCCGAACCCAAAAGACAUUGUCCUAUCACUCGACAUGGGCACAAAAGAUUGUUUCUACCGAAUUCGUAGAGAUCAUACAGAUACCAGCUCGGUCGUUUAUGUUCACCUUCAAGAUUUGGACAUCCUAGACGAGGAUAGCCGCACAUACGGACCUUCCAUUGUCCGUAACCUUAGCCUUGUAGUAGACGCCUGGAAUCACUCCUGGACUACCUUGACUGUCUUUAAAAAUAAGGGCAAAGUACAGUCGGCCGAAGACGAAUGGACGCCACAUUCCUUACCCCUGGACACUCCUAUAAGAGAUCUUCCUCUUCUAAAUGUUCUGGAUCUCGACGUCAGGCAUAGAUACAAGAACCGUGUCUCCCUCAUACAGUUUCAAUCGCAACGGCGCAUAUUUAAAUUCUGCCCAUUCGAGUUCGAGCUCCCAUACCUGGCGCAAGAAAUUAAGGCCCUGACAGUACUCUCAAGUCGCGGAUGCACGUUGAUCCCUCCCGUAUUGAAUUACGUGUUUGAAAGGAGCAAAGAGCAGAUAAUCGGGUUUGUCUGUGAAGAACUGCAAGGGCGCUUCGCAGAGCCAGGUGACUAUGACCAGUGCAGAGACGCCCUCCAGAAAUUACACUCUUAUGGCUGCGUUCACGGGGACCUCAACAAGUUCAACAUUAUUUUAACAGCGGACGGCCCUCGAUUUAUUGACUUUGAGAAGUCAAGGCUAAAUACCAAUCUUUCGGAUGCUGAACUCGCCACACUACAACAACGAGAGGUUGAUGGGCUUGAUGAAGCACUGAAUGCUGAAGAAGGGUGGGGGAAGCCUUGGUCGGAGACGGGUUCUUGACAGGCUAUAGUCGUGGAUUUCCUAUGGCACCAGAGUUGUAUCCGGAUUUGCUUGCAGGAACAGACGCAAACCUCUUCGCGGUUUGCCCAAAGAGCCUCGAGGAAUGAAGUCUUGAUUUGGCGGUUUUUGUGGGCAAGGGGUUCAUGCACGGCGGCUCGCUCCUGGAACAAACGUUCAACUCUUUCAGAUGUUUCCGCGCGCCCCGAAGAGUCUCCUUCAUUCGAUAUGCGAACUUAAGAGAGCAAGGGCGGACACCCAGACAUCGCCUUCUCGAAGACGGGGUCGCCCCAUCACACGGGACCCGGAUGCCGGGCGGGUGCGGAUUCAUCGAGUGGAGAC